AUGCGUAAUCGGAGCGUCCAUGUGCUCUUUUCUGACGGAGGCUCGCGUGGGUAUCCGGGCCCAGGAGGGUCCGGUUCGGUCCUGGUGCGCGUUGACAUGGACACGCGAGCUGCAGAGAUUAUCUGGGCGGUAAGCAUGUCUCAUGCUCAGAUUGACACAUCCAACAACAUGGCGGAGCACUGGGGGAUCAUCCAUAUUCUCCGGCGGGCUGAGGCUGAGCCUCUAACUCCUUUGUAUGUGAUAGGUGAUAGCUUUCUGAUUAUCGAGCAAAUGCGGCGGCAUCAACCGCCUCACCAACCCCGACUUCGGCAACUUUGUCUGAGGGCGAGGCCAUGCUCAAACAGCCUCGAGAUUUGCGGCUGGACUCAUCACUUCCGAGCACACAACAAGAUGGCAGACUUGGUGACCACAGGCGAGCGCUACUGA